AGAAAAAUGAAAUUUUACCUCUUGGUUCCUUGAACUGUGAAUCCUUAGAAUUAAGAACUUUAGACCACCACCCAAGGUCAAGCUAUGGUGUGCUCAGGGCCGGAUUUAUAGUAAGCGCUGUGCCUGGGGCCUGUUUUAGGGCCAAAAAUACCAGUGUGCCAUGAAACACAGACAUCAAUCCACGCAGAAACAAAACUUUUAGCAUCUCUCUUUUUGAGUUUAUGAUUUUGGGAAAGUUUCAAACUAGCUAGUACGUACAUGUAGCUAAUUACUGCGAACCUCAAUACGUGUUAUACGAUGCAAUAACUGGAAGCGAACCCAAUUGUACAGGCUUCUUACCAGUUUGGCCUGGCUUGCUUUAGUUCAGCUUAAUAGCGUAGAUUAACCCUAACUCCCUAGGGGGUGUGCAAACUCGUAUUGAAAUUGCAGGAUUCAGGACUGUUAGGGUUAAUAUCAACACGAAACAGGGGCGGAACCAGGAAUUUGUGAAGGGGGAUUCAGGCCCGUCAGAUUGUUUUUUGUCCGAUUGUUGUGGACAGUCGGACAAUAGGUAAUUAUUGUUACUAUAAUAAUGAUAAUUGUAAUAAUUGGAUUUUUGUGUGUCAGAGCCUGUGUGUGGGGGGUGGUUUUGAACCACCCCCCCCCCCCCCCCCCCGCCCCUCCCUCCUCUGGAUCUGCGCCUGUAAUAUGGGAAUCUAAAGCUUUUAAGAGCUGUGAACUUGGUGCCAGUGCCUAGGGCAGAGUAGAGCGUACUGAACACUAGGGCCUACGAAAUGCAUGAUCUCGCCCUGUGGGUGUGCUAGAUUCUUAGUUUUGUGAGCAAGCUUGAUUUAGAUACUACAAACCGAUCAGAAGGUUUGUACAAAUUGCAUGGUGUGUAAAAAUUAUGCACACUCUUGAAAAUUCAGUCACAGUUUCAUUUCUUGUGCCUUUGGGAUCGGUUUCCUCUUUCGAUUAAAAGUUUUAAUAACAUUUUGUGAUUUUUUUUAACACUUUGUUGUACAUGUACUUGAAAAAAGACACAGUUUGUGUAUGUAAUCUGCAUGUUUGGUAGAUGUAAACCUUACCCAAUCCACUUCUUUAUGAAAGAGUUUUGGCACAUAAGUGUAAUGAAAUGAAAAGAUAGUGGAGAAUUAUACAUUCUUUUUUUUAAACAUUUACAAGUCAUGAUCUUUCAUUGAAAAAAUUGAAUUUUGUUUAAUACAUUUUAGUUUGUUUUCUUUAAUUUAUUUAGUUGAUAAAACUUUGUUUGAAAAGUACACUUUUUCCCCCUGAUUAUAAAUUGUAAAAAGUAUUUGCAAUGUUUUGAUCAAUAAAUAUUUUGUAACGACCUAAUUCUAUAAAUUUGAAUCUCAACGUGGGCUGUAUCACUAGUUACUUUUGUUCAUUAAUCAGGUUUUUCUUUCAAUAAUUUUGUUUUUUUAAAUAUGAAAUUUCAUUCAUCAAUAAAUCUUUGGUGAUUAACCAAAAUUAUCAUUUUCUAUAAGAACCCGUCAGCUAUGCAAAUAAGGGGUAAGAAAUUGUUUUCAAAUGUAAUAACCAAAUAUAAUUUUAAAAGGAAAGAAGUCUAAAGUCUGAAGCUAAAAUUUAGAAGCUUGAUUUUCUCUUCUGUAUGUAUGCAUUGAUUCAUGAAUACUUAAUGUCUAGGUUAUUGAAAGCACCACUAAUUGUUGACUUUAAUAUUCUUUUAAUACCCCUCCCCUGAACCACCCUGACCCCACUACUUCUAUCUCACAUACACAAGUACCAGAAAAGGCUAUUACUAAGUUUCCUGCAAAUAGAAUAUUUUAUAUUUGGCUUGAACAUCAAAUAUGCAGCAGAACCCUCUCCCCAACCUACAGCUAUAACUUCUGGAGGAUGUGAUUUGAAGCAUUCCAGAAUUGUAAGGUAUCCUAGUGGAUUAUUUGCAUACCAAGAGGCUUCUCCUGCCUCCUCACCUAUAGUUUAAAAUGAAAUCAAAUACAAUUUCUGCAAACUGUUCGAUGACUGGUUAAACAUAUGUGCAAAAUAAACAACAUUUCAAUCCCAAUUAAACAUUAGUCAAAAUUAAAGGCUUUUUGCUUUAAAGAUUCUGGUAGGAUCGGAAAAUCAGGAUCAAAACAUCUAUUGUUUCUUUUUGAUGUAUCUUUGAUUAUUUCUUGUGGAAUGCACCCUUUAUGAUUUCAGCGAAGCUAGAGUUCAUAUUGCAUUUGUUGUGUAAAUAAAUCACAAGCGCUGUGUGCUGAUAGACUUUGUUCGGUCUCUGACUUCAUCGUGUCAAGUGCAGUGCGCUAUAUUUAUACAACCACUUAUCACUAUCAUAUGACUCCCAAAUCCGUUACAGAUCAUAGGGCCAAUGUUAUAUUUCCUCACUGAUUUUUUCUGAAUUCAACUGUUCCCCAAUCAUGGGUUUGUAUCAGACUUGGACUCUUUCUUUGAUGAUUUCAUAUGUGUUUCUGAUUAGUAUAUGUUGUGCAGAUUUAGAAGCAUGCAACGCAGUUGAUGAUUGCUCUUGUAAGUUAUCAGAUGGCAAAGAGAUCAACAUACGAUCUUUGGGUAGUCAAGGCGGCACUACUCCAAGGUUUCCAUAUGAGUUAGCGGGAUCAUGGAAGUAUGCAUACAAUCCAUGCUAUCCUUGGUCAGAUACUACUUCUUGUCAAAAUGUUGCUGCUUGCCAGGAAGGAGACCCUGACCCUACUGAGAAAUAUGCCAUCGGCGAUGCCACACCAGCAACGUGGACACAAGAAAACAAUAAAUAUGUUGUUAAGUAUUCCAGCACUGGAGGUGGCAAAACACGGACGUCAGUGGUGGUACUUGCAUGUGAUACAUCUGCAACUGAACCCAAGUUAGAAAGACUGGGCUCCAAACCUGAUCCGCAGGAUCCAGACACUACGUUAUAUGAUUUUAUUCUGACAUCCAAGUGUUGCUGCCCAGGUGAAUGUGGUUCCGUUGGCCCAACCAAACCUGCUCACACAACUAAGCAUGCUCACCCAACUAAGCCCCAUCCUGCUGCAGGAGGCAUCAGCAUAGGAUCUGUCAUGUGUAUCAUAGUGUCUGUACUAAUAAUUGUUUAUGUAGUCGCCGGUGUGCUCUUCAUGAAGUUUGUACGCCACGCAGAGGGGAUGGAGAUAAUACCCAACAGGAACAUCUGGGGUGGUCUGUUUCGCAGCAUACGGGAUGGCUUUAUGUUUGUCUUCACUUGUGGAAAGAAUUCUGGAUACGACACUAUGAAAUAGUUGGAAUGAUACACCAUCACACAAACAUUUAUAUGUGUGCAUUGUAUAGUUCGAAAAACACUACACGUAUUAAUUUCAGUGAUUUUACUCGUCUUUUUGUCAGUGUACAUGUACAUGUACUUCAUUUUAAUAGAGAGGGCAUCAGUAAACAGGCGCGGAUAUGAUCCCGAGGGGGUGGGGUCGAACUGCUUCCCUCCCCCUGCCCUGACACCAAAAAA